ACAGGAAGUUUUAUUCCACGCUAACUCUUCCAGAGUCUUGAAGUCUUCCUGCAGAGUAGAUUGCUGAUGAACGAUUAUAGAAAAAAAAUGAAUGAAUGAAUUAACGAAUGAAUAAGUGGAUGAAUGACGAAAGAACCAACAGUGAAUGAAUGGAGAGAAAGCCUCAAGGGGGCCCGCGGGUACGCUGUGCUGCGGGGCAUGCCCACCAGGUGGCGCUGCAAGCGGCGGGGGGGCCUGGUCAGACGGGCCGCGCCGCUCUUGCCGUGGGUGCAGACGGCGGCGCCGGGACGGGCGUGGGGGGUAGGGCGAGUCAUAUGACCCGCUUAGCUUCCUGGCUCUGGCCGCUGCUGCCCGCCGGUGUGCGCCCGUGUCGCGCCGGGGCAUCGAGGAGCCGUUGGGGGGUCUGGGCGGAGGCCCGCUCGUGUGGAAGUCGUCGACGCCGCUGCUCGUCCGUCCUCCCGUCCGUCCUCGAUCCCGGCCGCCAUCAUGCUGGCGCUCAUCUCCCGCCUGCUGGACUGGUUCCGUUCGCUCUUCUGGAAGGAGGAGAUGGAGCUGACGCUCGUGGGGCUGCAGUACUCGGGCAAGACCACCUUCGUCAAUGUCAUCGCGUCAGGUCAAUUCAGUGAAGAUAUGAUACCCACAGUGGGCUUCAACAUGAGGAAGGUAACUAAAGGUAACGUCACAAUAAAGAUAUGGGACAUAGGAGGACAACCCCGAUUUCGAAGCAUGUGGGAGCGGUAUUGCAGAGGAGUCAAUGCUAUUGUUUACAUGAUAGAUGCUGCAGAUCGUGAAAAGAUAGAAGCUUCCCGAAAUGAGCUACAUAAUCUUCUAGAUAAACCACAGUUACAAGGAAUUCCAGUGCUAGUGCUUGGAAACAAGAGAGAUCUUCCUAAUGCCUUGGAUGAGAAACAGCUAAUUGAAAAAAUGUAUGAAUCUGUCUGCUAUUCAGGAUAGAGAAAUUUGCUGCUAUUCAAUUUCUUGCAAAGAAAAGGAUAAUAUAGAUAUCACACUUCAGUGGCUUAUUCAGCAUUCAAAAUCUAGAAGAAGCUGAAGCAUCUCCUGAAGUCUUCCAGUCUUUCUUGGCUAUAAUCCUAGAAUUAUUGUCCGUUCCUCUGAAGUAAUUCCCAGAAUACGGUCCUUCCUAAACCCAAGAAAUUGCCUUUUUCAGAGUUUAUUUCUCAUGUGCACUGCUGAAGAUGAGUAUCCCUAAUCCUUCAUAAAGAAUCAGCUAGAGUUGUCAUGAUAAAGUCAGCACACACAAAAAGGCUCCUUACACAUACCUGUCUUAAACCAUGUGUAGAGCUUUUAAAAACAAAACAAAACAAACCCCCAUACACUUUUGACCAUCUUAAAUCAAGAAAAUUGCGUAUUUCCAUUCUGGUCUUUCUGGGCUAGAUUUUUAUAUUGGUUUUCAGUAAAUGUCUAUCUAUAAUAUUUCAUUAUAGAGUCCAGUAGCUUAGUACUGACACUGACUUGAUACAGCAUGAAGUUUCUAGUGCCACACACAGUAUUUAGAAAACCUUUAAGCGUGAAUGACUUACGUGGGAUAUAUAUAAACAUAAUGUUUACUUUAUCUCACAAAUGCAUGUGAAAUGUAUAAUUACAUCCUAGGAAUCCAAAAUGGUCUGCAGAGAGUGAGCGGAGGCACCAGAUCAAUGUUGGUUCUUUACACUGGUGAGAUUCUACCUGAUGAAUAUUAAAGAUAUUCUACUUUCUGAGAACUCUUUAUCACCAGAUGGCAGUUGGGAUAUGGGAGGAACUAAAGCAUCCUGUUUUGUAUCUGUCCAGAUCAUUAUUUCUGUCGCUUGUUUUUUCUUCCCGGUUCAGGAUACUUUUUUAAGGGAUUGAGAAUUGAAGAUUUUCCAAAAGCUUUCAUGAAUUUAGAGCAUUCCACCCAAUAUAAUAAAACCUGUUAAGAAUGUCAGACUUUGUUCAAACAUCUGUUUGUUCUAUCUCCAGUCAUUAAAUCAGUGCUGCUGCAUGACACUCUAACUCCUGACUUUUUAUAUCCAGUCAUAAAGUUGACUUUCAGCACAACAGAUACUUAUAAACAAAUAAAAACUUUUUAUUUUUCUCUCUUAUUGAUGUAAGGUUUGGCACUCUUUUGACUGGUGCCAUUAGACAUCUUGAUUAUUGUGACAACUCUAGACCUGCCUGCUCUAUCUAAUGUAAUCAUGCUCGGCGUCUGCAGGUUGUUUAAUAAUCAGUCACACAGAGAACUGAGGAACUGAUGCUGUUUGUUUGCUUCUAUGAUACAGAGAUGUCUAAAAACUUCAAAUGGACAUGUUUUGUAGUUUAGCAACUUCCGUAUACAUAAAGGGACAUAUUAAUACUGGUUCAUUUGUAAAUUAUUAUUCAUAUAGACCACUGUAGUAGAUAUAACUCUAUGGUACACCUGCUUAUGUGUUGCCUCACACUGUGUGUGAUUUUGUUUCUUUUGUUAAGCAGCACUUACGUAGACUGCAUUUCCAAAUGUGUUGAGCACUCAGAGUGUAGUCAACAGUACAUUCUUUUAAUGAAUACCAGUUUUAAUUUAUAGACUGCCAUGGCCUUAAAUAUAUUCUGUACAAUAUACUGCACUGUGUUGCACAGACACUACUUGCUUUUCUCCAUUCAUAUUUUUAUGAGUAGAAUCUGGGCUUUUAAAUUUCUCUUCUUAUUCUUUGAAGCAUGUUGCAUACUUCCCUGGUGAGAUGGAUGGUUCUGUAAAUGAAGGGAUAUUUAAACUUGCUACUGUUGUUCAACACCAUUCAUGGUCAGUCUGAACCAUUACAAAGAAUGUGGCAACUUGCUUGUGCCUAAAAGGAGGAAUUGGAACUAGAAUGUGUGACUUUGUGGGGACUGCAUAGGUUUAUUAAUUGACCUAUAGCUAAACCUUAAUGUGUUUGUGUGUCUAUACAUUGCUUUAAGCAUUUCAAGACAUCCAGACGCUAUUACCAACAUUUUCCUGUGCAUUAACUUCUGCAUGUGAAAACUUUUAACAGUUACUGAACUAUGUAAAUAUGUGAAUUUUUUUUAUUUAGGUGGAUGCAUUUUUUGUCUGUUUACUGCUCUUCUCAGCUUUAUUCAAUAAACUUGCAUUUUAAGGGUUGUAUUGGCAAUUUUAACUUAAAAUGUGCAUCAUGAUGGAAGGUGCAGACUUUUUUGGAAGGUGAUAGUAAGUUUCCAAGAGGAGGGUCUAUAGACCAUUUGUCAGAAAUCAGCUCAGCCCUCAAAGAAUUGGGUCUGUGGGCUAGUUAAAAUAGAAAUAAACUUUUAAAAUAUCCA